AUGGCUUCCGACAAAUCCACGCUGGUCGCCUAUGAAAAGUCUGCCGUAGGUCCUGGAGACUAUAUUGCCGAAGCUUCCCAAACUCUGGCAGCCGGCAAUGAAACGUCUCAACCGUGGAAAACCGAGCAAAAGUUUACGAUAGCUGCGACACCACCGUAUACGAUACCAUCUGGGGUUCUUCACUCAUUCUACCCGCCCCGCCUACAGACGGUACCUGCGGAAACGCUGCCUCAUGUCGUCUUGAAUGGUUCCAUAUCGUGGGAGAGGCCGGUCGCUCAGAGUCCAGCCGCUGGAGAAGCGCCUCUACCUUGGCUUGCACUACUCUUGUUCACCGAAGAGGAACUCGUUGCCGUCCCUGAAUUCUCCUCGUACAAGCAGAACGCAUCAGCAGCCUUGCAGCUACCGCUUAAUAUGGUAGCGAAUGCGUUUCCUGGUCGGCACUCUUUGCCCGAGAAUCCGGGAUCAGACGUCGCGCAGUUCAUUUUCCUCAAGUCGUCCAUCUUCAAAGCCUACUUCAUGCGACAAGAAACACCCUCAAGCAUCGAUGGAAAACCGGCAGAGACCAAACCUCAGGAUCGUCCAGACAUAAGCCGGUACAAGUAUUUGGUACAUGUCAACAAUCCACAGGAUUCAUCUCCGACCAAAGUGAGCGUGGUACUGGCUCAUAGACUUCGCAAUCCCAUAGAAGGCGGUACCGAAACAAAGGUAUACGCCCAUCUCGUAUCGUUAGAAAGAGUCGAACAGAUCAAUUAUCCAACAGACGACAAAUUGGACGAAGUGUUUCCUCUUGUUUCCUUGCAUUCAUGGGUCUAUCAAUGGGGCGCGAUACCGACAAAACUCGAGGACUUGGGGAAAGAUAUCUUCAAAUCGUUUGAGCAGAACAAAGUUGGGCCACUGGCGCUCAAACUGGAGGCCCAUGCCACUAGUGCAGAAGCCCCCGAAGUACCCCAGACUGAUGAGGAAAAACGAGCAUUGGCUGAGGAAGAAGCCACCUCAAAAUGGAUGAAGAAGCGAAUGGAGGACGGCUACACAAUCUUGAGAUACCGAUCAAUAACUGGAAAAGUGUCCAUGGCCAUAUAUCGGGGACCAUUGGUGCCCCAGACACCGUCUGCCAGUCCCGGCAUUCAUCCGUCUAUGUAUGGCACUGACCUGCAGAUUUUGGACGCCCACACUCGUAUCCCAGACGUCUCGUACAACAUAGCAUGGGAUCUCGGGCGUUCAUUAGCCGCAAGAACGCCGCGAUUCUCAAUUCCUUUGGCCAGGCUACGCAGGAAUAUCAUGCUAAAGGCAACGUCACGUGCAGAAAAUGCGCCAAUCAUUUCGCCAGAUACCGAUCAGGUCACACAGAAUCUAGUUCAACAGCUUGAGGCUUUAUUUAGUCCUAAUGGCCUUGACGGACUAAAAUCUGCACCUGCGCAGGGAAAGUGUCGUUGGCAUUCAACAACGAAUCCAACGCAGUCGGCAUCUGUACCACCCGCUACGAUGUCGACGGCCAAGCUUAUUCGGAGCCUCAAAGACUGCGGUAACACGUGGCUCGCUCCGGUUGCGGAAGCCCUGGCCAUAGACCCGACCAGUACAUUGGGCAGUGCAGUUGGUGGUCUGGACGAGGUGAUUUCAUGGAUAGAGAAACACAUUUUCACUAUGUCCCUCAUACCAGCUCUAACCAUGUUUCCCGAGCCCGCGGCUAUCGCACCUGAGUUUAUCAGCACAUUCUACAUAGAUGAUGUGUGGAUUGAUGCCCUUGUUGAUGGAGCCUUGAGUGUCGGAAACGCCAUGGGCGGAACGCAAGACGCUGUUCGCGACGUUAUUCGUCUUGCCAUCAAUAAGUACAUCGUGGCCAAGCCAGUCGCCAACCUGAAGAUUGCCCGUCAGGGCUUUGUUCUACGUUCAGCGCUUGUGGAGGCCUUUCCGGAGCUCUCUAUAAGCAUUUCACAAGGGGCCAUAUGGCAGCAGGUUCGUCAAGGGGAUAUGAUGCUAUGCUUCGUUGAUCCCGGGCUGGAUCUUACUGCGGGAACAGUUGACGUUACCAUUAGUCAACCGCCGCACCAGCAGUGCUUCGGGGUCACCAAACUAGCCGCAGGGCAAGUAACGCUGAGGUUUGACGUUGAUUCUUUCCGCAAGACCCAUGCCGAGGGAACCCCAUCACAGCCCGCCAUCGACAAGACAUGGGAGAAGGACAAACCUUCGAGCAUCCCCACCGUCAACGAACCGAUCAUGGACUGGACGACGGGGAUCUUAUAUCCAUCUACGAUUGCCAAAGCAAGCAAGGAAAUUGCCAAGGAGACUCUCAAGGAUGAGUUCCAAGAGCUGAGCAACGACUCCGAGUCCCUGUACCUCGCGGUACACCUUCAGGACCGGCCAAGUUCGCUUAAGAUCCCUUUCUCUAUCCCGCCAGGCCGCAGCUCAGGUACUCGGCAACUGUUCCCCGACCAAAAUAGUGACACCAGUCACGGACCUGCGGCAGAUAACCCCAAAGGUCGUGCUGGCACGCACACGAGCCCUGAUGGGCACUCGUACCUCUCUAAGACCGUCUACGCGCUAAGCUUCCCGGGGAUGAACAUUCCCGCUAGAUCAGGGCCUCUCCAUGAUCUGAUGUUCAAAGUACGGGGGACCGAGCGUAUCACGGACCGUGUCUCGUUUAUCUCCCUCACCUUCAUCAUACCGAUUGGGGAAGGUGCUGCAGACCUCCUCGCUCCUGAGUCCCCCACGCCAUCUGCCAAGAUGGUUGGGAUCAGCCGUGAGUGGAUUUGCGCCAGCUACAUUUCGGAUGCAAAGCUUACCGUGCUGCUGAGGCCGCGGGGUACAAUCGUUACGGGCGGAGCAAGUUUCGACGCUAGCUUUCAGCUGAUCGGCUGUUGCAUCAACGGUGUGCCGGGAAGGGAUGGCGUAAUUCAUUCAAUAGAGAAGUUCCACGAUGAAGUUGGCGACCAUGAGGUCAUUGAUACUUGGACGGUUAUCAAAGAGUAG